AUGAAGCUGGGCCCUGAUGGAAAACCCCAGCAAAUAACAUCGAGGUUGUUCUCGUUCAAUCCCACUCACACCACGAUCAUCGGCGACGCACCACAAGACGCGCAGGAUGCCGAGCCUAUCAAGCCUUCCAAUGCACCUCUGACAGAGGAGGCCGAGAACUUCCUUGCGUUGGGGCUGUCGCGGCGGAUGGCGCAGCACCUAUCCACGAAGCUGGAGAUGAAGGCGCCGACGUCCAUCCAGAAGAAUACAAUACCGAAGUUGGUGAAGGAAGACAGCGACGCUUUCUUGCAAGCAGAGACAGGAUCAGGCAAAACGCUGGCGUACCUCCUACCUAUUGUGCACAGGAUAAUGUCACUGAGCCACACGGAGGAUGGAAGCAAUACAGGCACAAAAAUACAUCGAGACUCAGGACUGUUUGCCGUCAUCCUUGCUCCCACCCGAGAACUGUGCAAGCAGAUUUCCGUGGUCUUGGAAAAAGUUCUACGAGGCGCUCCCUGGAUCGUCAGCACCUCCGUCAUUGGAGGGGAGAGCAAGAAGUCUGAGAAGGCAAGGUUGCGUAAAGGAGUAAAUAUUUUGAUCGCAACUCCUGGUCGAUUGACCGAUCACCUUGACAAUACGAAGGUUCUUGACGUGGGGACAGUGCGGUGGCUUGUUCUCGAUGAAGGAGAUCGUCUGAUGGAGAUGGGCUUUGAGGAAGAUAUCAGAACCAUUGUUGGCAAGAUUCGAAAGGAGCAACUACUCACCAAGAACAAGGAGGGUGCUGUGUUAAGUCCAGCGCUUCCUUCAAGGCGAGUCACCGUGCUUUGCUCCGCGACCAUGAAGAUGAAUGUUCAGAGAUUAGGAGAAAUCAGCUUGGAAGAUGCAAUUCACAUCACCGCUUCUGACGAUGGGUCGAAAGAUGGCCCGGUCGGCGAGGUCAACGAAGCCGUGUUUAGCGCUCCGUCGCAACUCAAGCAGUCCUACCUCAUUGUGCCUGCGAAGCUACGGCUGGUGACACUUAUAGCGCUGCUCAAAUCCUCCUUCGCUCGCCGUGGGUCUGUCAUGAAAGCUAUUGUUUUCAUAUCGUGCGCAGACUCGGUAGACUUUCAUUUUGAGCUUCUGAAAUCUACAGCACCCUUGGAGCCUCCUUCUCCCGAGUCGCCAGCAGCAAAGGAGAAGACAUCAAUCGCAACAGAUGGCAGUGUGGCCCCGGCAGCAUACAUCACAUCGCCAGCAAAUCCAUCCAUCACCCUGCACAAGCUGCAUGGAUCAUUAUCCCAGCCAAUUCGCACUGCAACACUACAUUCCUUUACUACCUGUAAGAACCCAUCAGUUCUCAUCACGACCGAUAUCUCUUCCCGAGGUCUCGAUGUGCCCGCGGUCGACCUUGUCAUCGAGUACGACCCGGGCUUCAGCGUGGCUGAUCAUGUUCAUCGAAUUGGAAGAACAGCACGUGCAGGCCGGCCAGGAAAGGCAGUUCUCUUUUUAAUGCCAGGUUGCGAAGAAGGCUAUGUCUCUCUACUCUCGUCUUCAUCACCUCUUACACCGCAGCUGUAUGACUCUGUUUUGCAGAAAGGUUUUGCAUCGCCUAUUGACUUCCCACCGACGCCUACUGGCUCAGGCGAGAACGGGGAUGCGCCAACACCACAGCCCGAGAAGCAGUCUUCAAAUGGACGAGCUGAGUCGCUUCAGCUGCAUAUUGAGCAACGCCUUCUUGCCUCCGACGAGACAAGUGAAGAGCCCAGCUCUAAGUCCAAAUCUCCGAGGAAAGCAAAAACUAAAGCACCACCGAGGCCGAAUCGAAACACGUUGCUCAACUCCGGCAGGCAAGCUUUCCGCUCACAUAUUCGCGCGUAUGCCACCCAUGUGCGCGAGGAGCGAGGCUUCUUUGAUAUCACUCAGAUGCAUCUUGGCCAUGUGGCUAAGAGCUUCGGACUGCGCGAGGCUCCGGGGGGCAUCGGUGGCGGUGUCCAGCGACGUGCUCACAAGCCGAGCACCGGAGCCGGUUCAAAGAGCAGCGAGAAGAGAGGCGGGGACUUUGAUGAUGCGGUUGGAGGAAACAGCGCGGUUGACGAGGAUGCCGCAAGGAGAAUGCGUGCGAAGAUGAAGACUGUUAUGAGCGCUGCGAGCGAGUUCAACAUUGGUUGA